ACCAGGACCCCUGCGCUCCUUGAAUCAGUUCGAUUAAAAAAACACACGAGUUCGGUCACGUUUGGUACAAAACAGUCUAUGUUUUUACUUGAUAGAUCCCUAUAUAUGACCGCUAAACAGAUCCUGUUAUAAGAUGGUGGAUUAUAAACAUUGCGAGGUCCUGCUAUCUUGGUGAGAUUACCCGAGUAAUGCUAAAAAAAUGAGGAAAAUACUUCAGAAUUGUUCACCAUCUCUUCGCGACGCUCUGAAUGGAGCAGGCAUAAAAACAGUGGCUUCAUUAAUGUGUUGUGAUGCCGAUGUUCUGGCCAAAAAAGGGAAUAUCGACAGAGAGGAGUUACAAGUAUUACAGAAAUCAGUCCGUUUGCAGUUUUCUUCUCUCCCUGUGUGUGGUAGUGAUUUUCUAGACACCAUAACAUCUACGUUUUGCAUCCUUUCCACAGGUUGUGACAACUGGGAUGAGCUUUUGGAUGGAGGGCUAUACUCCGGGGAGAUCACAGAGUUGGUAGGAGCUGCUGGCAGUGGAAAAACACAGGCAUGCAUGAGUAUUGCAUCAUCUGUGACGUUGAACCUGGAAAAGAACGCCCUGUAUAUUGAUACAGGUGGGGCCUUCAGCAGCCAGCGAGUCCAAGAGAUUAUCUGUGAAAAGGAUGCGUCUUUAUCUGAACAGGAUUCUAUUGCUUCCCUGUCCAGACUAAGGUGUGUCCAGGCCUUUGAUGUGUUCUCAGUACUAGAUUGUGUGGAGACCACUAAACGACAUAUCAACCAAGAGGAUGACCCAUUCUACCAAGAUUUAAGGCUCAUCAUCGUUGAUUCUGUGGCUGCAAUAAUUACUCCAAUCCUGGGUGGGCAACAGAUAUCAGGGCACACAAUGAUGGUUCAUCUAGCGAGGCAGUUAAAAUCCCUUGCUGUUGACUAUGCGCUUUCUAUUCUGAUCACGAAUAAUGUGGUGUCCGAUUCAAGUGUUGCGGGGUCAGUCAAGCCUGCGCUUGGUCAAACAUGGGCGCACUUCCCCAAUACUAGGGUGUUCUUGCAGAAAAACCUGGCCCACUCCAUGGUGAACCAAGCCCACAGAGCAUCCAAAGAGAGGAUUGCUACCGUCACGAAGUCCUCUCGACAGCCUCUUCAGAUAUCAACAACGUUCUACAUUGGAAGCGCUGGCAUCAUGAGUUUACCUGUUUCAAGAUAAGGUAAAACCAACCAAGGACUACCUGAGGGUCGUGAUUGAUGCUAAAGGCUGGAAGGCAUAAGAAUAGGCAAAUGUAGCCGGGAUUUUUUUACUUUGAUACAGCAGUAUAAGUGUAAUAGGGUUUUUAGUGCAAGAUGCUUUGUGUCAAUGAUACUGUAAAUCUGUAAAACAUUUUUUAUCAACCUGAAGAUAAUAAGAAAAGGGGAAAUGUUAGGAGAGUGCUCAAUCAAGUUGUUGCAUUACUGUUAAAGUUUUUAUCAAAAAUAUAGUCCCAGUUUAUUUUUUUA